GAGAAAACACCGAGACGUUCAGAACAGAGAAAGGCAUAUAUAUAUUAUAUUUAGGGAGUCAAAGGCGAAUCUACCUGGGUUAUGAAGGGAGUGACAAUAGGGGGAUGAAAAGAACGCUCGUAGUUGGCCCUAACCCUUCAUCUGCAGUGGAGGGGCAACCCACUCAGUUUCUCACUGACAGCAGAACUGAGCUUUCACAACGCAGUUUCACCCACCCAAGCCCUCAAAGCCACAGGAUUCCGAUUCUCUACGCCCUUCCGAAAGCUUAGACUACCUAGUCUUUUUUUUUAAUUUACACCAGGAAGUUAGACGGAGAGCAGAGCUCAUGGGUAAAAGCAAAGACACCAAACCCGCAGCCGGGGCAAAGGGCGGCAAGACAGACAAGACCGACAAGGGCGGCAAGAAGGGCGGGAAAGGCGGCGCCGGCAAGGUCGACACUGAGAGCAGCGAUAGCAAGUCAACUAAGCUCAAGGGCGCGCAAAGCAUAAACGUCCGACAUAUUCUUUGUGAGAAGUUCGCCAAGAGCGAGGAGGCCAUGACGAGGCUGAAGAACGGCGAGAAGUUUGACGUUGUGGCUAGGGAGAUGUCUGAGGAUAAAGCCAAAGCAGGAGGGUCAUUAGGCUGGCAGGCAAAAGGGAACCUAGAUCCGGCAUUCGAAAAGGUGGCCUUCGAGCUCCCGCCCAGCCCCGUGGACAGCCCCACGGUUGAGCGAGUUAAGACGGGGUUUGGAUAUCACAUCAUCAUGGUCGAGGGACGCAAGUAACUUGGUUUGGCAACAACCAGAAUGCCAGGUUGCGAGGCUUCUUUUUUGUUUUGUCUCGAAGGGGUUUCCCAUGCCCAAUGCAAAGGGUAGCCGCAUGAAUGGGCCACCAUGUAUCCCGCCAUCUUGAUGCCAUCCGGUGAGAUCUUUGAGUGUAUCCGAGGAAGCAUAGGUCAUC